AUGGCGGCAGAUCUGGUGCUAGACACAGCCAUCAGAGAUUGGGUUCUCAUCCCUCUCUCGGUGGUCAUGGUUCUCAUAGGUGUCCUCCGAUACUUCGUCUCCAAGCUCAUGCGCUCCAACCAAGUCCCCGAUGCAAAAAUCAUCAAAGAAGGGCAAUUGAUUAUUAGGGCUCGGAAUUUACGUGCUGCUGCUAAUUUCAUACCUCCCAAGUCGUUUCGCGCUCGCCGGUUUUAUUUCAGCAAUGAGGAAAAUGGGUUGUUAAUUGUUCCCAAGGGUCAGGCACAGAAUGCACAAGCGCAAAUGUUCUCUGAUCCCAACAUGGCUAUGGACAUGAUGAAGAAAAAUCUGUCUAUGAUCAUACCCCAGACUCUUACUUUUGCAUGGGUCAACUUUUUCUUUUCUGGAUUUGUAGCAGGUAAGUUUCAAUGCCUCUGA